AUGGCUUCACCAGAGGAAAAACAAGCUCAGCCCUUUGCGGAUAUCUUCAAUGAAGAUGAAGCUGAAAAAUCCUUUCUGUUGUCCAAGCCUGCUUGUUUAAUUAUCUUUGGAAAGCCAGGUUCUGGAAAGAAAACAUUGGCUAGAAAACUAGCACAAAUAUGGAAAUGCAUUUUCAUAGAAGCUUUGGAAGUAAUCCAAACAAAUAUUCAAGAAGAAACAGAAUAUGGGCUUCAGUGUCAAGAGUUGCUUUUUAAAGGUCAAAGUAUUUCUGAAGAACUGGUUACAGAAAUGAUUCUGAAAAAGAUUGAGUCACCAGAAGUUACUCAUUUUGGUUAUGUUCUCAGUGGAUUUCCUUCUCUCUCAGAGGAAUAUAUGACUGUUUCACAGCAAGUAGAGAAAAUAAAGAAUCUAAAAUUAAAACCGGAUUUCCUGAUUAACAUUAAGUGUUCAGAUUAUGACUUAUGCCAAAGAAUAUCAGGACAAAGGCAACACCCUGAUUCAGGGCAGGUGUAUCAGAGGAACCAGUGGGAUCCUGACAUAAUUGAAAAGCAUAAGAAAAAGAAAGAUCAACAAGAAGAAGAUAAUGAAGAAGAUGAAGAGCUAGAAGAAGAUGAAGAGCUAGAAGAAGAACAGAUGGCAGAAGAUCCACUUAAGAAGUCAGAAUUUUUGCAUCAGUUAGUGCAGAGGCCUGAGGAUUUUCUUGAAAAUGCAGAGAAAAGAGUUGGAGUGUAUAAGGAUAUCAUGCUUCAUCCUUUAGAAGACUUGAUGGCUGAACAGGAUUGUGAGUGUCUUAUUGAAGUGGAUGGAAAUCAGCAACCAGAUGAUGUCUUAGCAUCAGUGGCAGUUCGACUUCAAUCUCUGGGUGUUCCAAUUGGAGCUCCUAUAACCAGACUUCAAAGUGAUCAAGAAGAAACACUGGAGGGACUGGAAAAUGGUGAACUUCUCCGGGUUCUGUCGUCUUACCAACUAAUAGCACGCAGAUAUCGAUGGCAUAGAAGCAGGUGGGGGAAAGCAUGUCCUGUGGCUCUAAAGAAAGGUGAUAUUGUAAUGGGAAAUCCAGACUUAGCUGUCAGUUUUCUAGGUAAAAUGUACAUACUGUCAUCCCCAGCAGCAUUAAAAGCAUUUAUGUUGAAUCCACGGCCUUACUUGUUACCACCAAUGCCACUUCCUCCUUGUAAAGUACUAGUAUUUGGUCCUCCAUUCUCUGGAAGAACAACUAUUUGUAACCUAAUUGCACACAAAUACAAAGGAAAGGUUCUUGAUAUGGCCAAACUCAUUCAACCCCAUCUGGAAAAAGCAAGAGAAGAAAACUUGGAGCAAGUGCGAAGGGAUGCAAUAGAAAAGGCUAUAACAGCAGUGAAAAACAGGAUGGAAGAACAUUCAGCAGAAUUAGGAAUGGCAGAGAUAACUGCUGACCACCCAGAAGUUCAAGCGAUGGUAGAAGCCACAAGAAGUGCAUCAGUCUCCGAAGUUACAGUGCCACCUGAAAUAUACACCGAAGUACUGGAGAGAGCUAUUGCAGAGCUUAUCAAGAAUAACAAAGACAGGUUUCCUGGUGCUCCAGAAAAAGGAGGAUGGGUAGUGGAUAACUACCCUCUGUCAGUAGAUCACUGGUCAGCUUUAUCAGAAAAAGGACUUUUACCUGACACUGUUGUCUGUCUGAAGGAUACAAAAAAAAACGGAGUCUGUAUAAUACGCAGAACAUACUCAGCAAACAGGGAUGAAAUUAAUCCUAAGAUUUUGAAAAGACUAACAGAUGAAGCAUUAGAAGAGAAAAACAUAGAAGAAGAAAGAAGAGAAAUGCAAGAAAAACCAGUAUCAGAGGAAGAACAAUCUCAUGGGGCUGCUCUGGAGAAAGAAAUCAUACUACCUGAGUUUACAGAGGAUGAUUUUCUAGAUAUGCCAGAAAUGGAAACAGUUAGAAAGAAGAUAGACCUUUUCAUGAACGACUGGAAAACAGUGGAAUCAGAAAUCAAGCAGUCAUCUGUAGUUCAGGUUGCUGAUUUAGAGAUUGCUGAGCAAACUCCAGAAAGUCUGCUUAAUCAAACAGUGCUGGUUAUGGAAAAACCUUUUAAAUAUCAUGGUUGGGAAUUAUCUGCUGAAGACUUAGAUGAGGAGGCAGAAGAUCUGGCUGCAGAAAGUGAAGAUGAAGAAGUUGAAGAAGAGGAGAAUGAGAAUGAAGAAGCUCCUCCAUUACGAGUGUGCUUAAUUGGGGCUCAUGGAGCAGGUAAAACUAUUUGUGCACGACAGCUAGCAGACAAAUUAGGCAUUUUCCAUAUUCAGUUUGAAGAAUAUCUACAGGAAUUGAUCCUACCCAAAACUAAAGAGAAAGUUGGACCCCAUUUUGAUGAAGAACCUGAAGAAGAUGACAAUAAAAUACUAAUGCUAUCACAGGAACUGGAAGACUUCUCUCAGGCUAUGACUAAAACUGAAAAACCUAAAAAAAGCAAACAG